CCUUUGUAUGUGUGCACUUUAAGGAGGGAGAGAAAAGCACAUCUUUGUAUUGGACGUGACUGGCAAAGACCCCCAUCCCUGGUACACCACCGUGGCGUUCCGGGAUUACAGUGACGUCACGCCGCUACCCUUGCAUGGAUGAAUGCUAAAGAACUAUAGAGGCACAAAUAAUAGCACAAGCACAGUCCAUAUCUUGCAAGACUUACGUUAUCCUUUAAGCCUCCUUCGCCGAACAUAACAUUUUUUUCCCCAACUAAUGACGCUUAAUUUCAUUUCUCAUCAGAUUCACGGAGGGGAUUAUUCAUUCGUAUAAAACAAUCUGCGGCAAAGUCUCCCCUCCUAUAUGGGCGAAAGUCAUGUAUUAUUGAGAAGGGCGAAGAGAAAGGCCGUGCGCGCGUGGAAAUGCGUGGAAGAGCGCGGAUCUGAAGUGGAAUUGGGAGCAAUCGAUCCGGGCUGCAUGAGGAGGAAUUAUUGCUAAUGGUUACAAAAGAAGGCGCGAUGUCUUUCUCUCAGUUUGGAUACCCUUAUAACGCAACUUCACAGUUUUUCGUGUCGGCAAACCCCAGUACGACUUGCUGCGAUUCGAUUUCCAGGUCGGUGCCGCCGGACGGCUCCGCCGGAGGAGCCCAGACCCCCGCAGCCGUAGCGGCAGCCGCCGCCGCCGCCGCCUCCUUCUGCUGUCCCGCGCCCUACGAGAACCGGCUGCUAGGUGGGAGCCGCAGCGAGCUCAACGCGGCUGCUCUGGGCGUGUACGGUUCCCCCUACGCCGCGGCGGCCGCGGCGAGCCAAAACUACGCCAACUACUUCCCCUACGGAACAGACCCCUCCGCCGCCAUCUAUUCCUCUCUGAAUCCGCAGUACGACAUGAAGGAGAGUGCAGGCACUUUACACUCGGGAAUCAGUCAAACGGCUGCGUACUAUCCGUACGACCCGUCGCUGGGCCAGUAUCAGUAUGACAGAUACGGGACGGUGGACUUUAACAGCACAGCCAGACGAAAGAAUGCCACCCGAGAGACCACCAGCACCUUGAAAACGUGGCUCUAUGAGCACCGCAAGAACCCGUACCCCACCAAGGGAGAGAAAAUCAUGCUGGCCAUCAUCACCAAGAUGACCCUCACCCAGGUCUCCACUUGGUUUGCCAACGCUCGUCGGAGGCUCAAGAAGGAGAACAAGAUGACGUGGUCGCCCAAAAACAAGGCCAGCGACGACAGGAAGGACGACAUCAGCAAGAGUGACCACGACUGUCUCACCAAAGAUUCCAGUGAGUGCAAGGAAGAAAAAGAUUUGCAUCUGAGCGAUUUGGAGGACAUGGACGAGGAUGAGUGUGACAAGCUGGCUGGCGAUUGUGAAAAGGUGGUCCCAGACGAGACUGUGGCACUCCCCGUCUCACCCCACAAGAGAGACUGCACCUCUGAGCUUCACUUGAAUGUGUCCAGCGGCUUCCAACAUGCCUUCCCCUGUGCCAUCAAAACCUCCCUCCCCGCUCUUCCUGCCGACUUCCUGGAUCCCGUAGCGUCCAAGACUCCGUCCUCUACGGGAACCUUGACCCUGUCUCACUUUGAAGCGUCGGACAAACCUCGGAUUUGGUCUCUGGCCCGUACGGCGGCGUCGGGAAUCAUCCUGAGCCCGCAGCACGGUUCCGAGCUCAGGACGAGCAACUCCAGCGGGGAUUGCCAGCUCCAGAGGUUGGCGGGAGCCCCCGGUAUUCCCACUGAACAAUGCGGGCCUAUGAGAGGUCACCAGGAAGCCAAUAACGUCUCCGGUACUAUGAACCUUUUUCCUGAGGGCCCCGCUUUGCACUCCAAGGUCUAUGGCCCAGGCAGCUUCAAUCACAAAGGCCUCCAGCUGCACUGCCCGUCCUACGCUGCCCUCCCAGACACAUGCCAGUAUUCCACGACUGAAGGAUUUUCCAGCGCCAAAGCAACGGAGACGUCCUCAGACAUCAGUCAAGUGUGUGUGACCUUGCAGGACGACAAGGUCACUGCGUUCAGGCCUGUGAUGAAGAGAUGAAUGGAGGCCGUUCAACAAAUAGGAGGGUAAUUAUGCACUAAUGGGCACAGGGGCCUCAGUGGGACAGUUAUUAGCGCUGCACGUUGCAGUCGAAGCUAUCAAGCUGUGGAACAUUUUGCACAAGUUAUUUUUUUCUUUUUUUAUGGUGUUGAAGAAUUUAUGCAAAAAUCAUACACACAAAAUAGAAUUUUUGUCUGUGGCAAUCGUGCAUCAUUUGCGAACCAAUGUAUUUAUUUGUUUGUUUUUCAUUGCGUUUUCUGCGUCCCUUUUAAGCAUUCUGUUAAAAAUGUGUAUUGUCGUGGCGGUAAAAAUGGUUGAAGAUUAAGUUAAACGUUGUGUGUUGUCAUUGUGUGAAAAUGUGA